CGAGGGAGAUAGACGCAAGAAACCAGCACCGAGCUACAGUUCCCCUUGCCCUUUCCCUCUCUUGCCUGCCCACUGAUAUCCCGCCCCUCUCGGCUCAUUAUAUGCGCAUCAUCAUUGCACAAGCCAAGCCUUGUGGGUUAGUAGGUGGCAUUACAGCCGGAGCAAGCUAGCUCAAGCAAGAGGCCGGAGCUGAUCGGUGAGUUGUGUGCUGCUGGGAGGAGGAGAUCAUGGGGAGGGGAAGGGUUGAGCUGAAGCGCAUCGAGAACAAGAUCAACAGGCAGGUCACCUUCUCCAAGCGCCGCAACGGCCUCCUCAAGAAGGCCUACGAGCUCUCCGUGCUCUGCGACGCCGAGGUUGCGCUCAUCAUCUUCUCCAGCCGCGGCAAGCUCUACGAGUUCGGCAGCGCCGGCACAACUAAAACAUUAGAAAGAUACCAGCACUGCUGCUACAAUGCUCAAGAUUCAAAUAGUGCACUCUCUGAAACUCAGAGCUGGUACCAGGAAAUGUCAAAGCUGAAGGCAAAAUUGGAAGCUUUACAGCGCACUCAGAGACAUUUGCUUGGGGAGGACCUUGGACCGCUCAGCGUGAAGGAAUUGCAGCAGCUGGAGAAACAGCUAGAAUGUUCUCUGUCCCAGGCGAGACAGCGAAAGGUUGAAAUUUAUUCAACUCAUAACUAUUUGCUCAUGCAACUCCCAAUUCAAUAUUCACAGACACAACUUAUGAUGGAGCAAGUGGAGGAACUUCGCAGGAAGGAGCGUCAUUUGGGAGAAAUCAACAGGCAACUCAAGCACAAGGUCCCUAUUGAAUACGUACCUCUUGACUCUGAAGGCAGCAGCAGCAACAACAACUACAGGGCCAUGCAGCAGGUCUCCUGGGCUGCUGGCGCCGUCGUCGAUGAAGCAGGCGCCGCCGCAUAUCACGUGCAGCAGCAGCAGCCGCCUCAUCACUCCGCUGCUAUGGACUGCGAACCCACUCUGCAAAUUGGAUAUCCUCAUCAGUUUGUGACCGCUCCUGAAGCAGCAGCCAAUAAUAUUCCAAGGAGCAGCGCCCCGGCAGGAGGGGAGAACAACUUCAUGCUGGGGUGGGUUCUUUGAGUUAGCAGCUGGGUUUGUUCAUCCAUCGAUCAGGCCAAGUUGAAGAAGCUAAUAAAACGCGUGUGCUAGCUGCUCCUGCUCUACGUGAGAAGUAUCCUGCGUGCCCACCUGGUCAAGUGCUCGCGUGCCCCUUUCUUAAUCAAUUACUUGUUAUUUGUGUGUAAGGACGUACUACGAAUUACUUCUAUGUUUUGAUGCUUUGAACGAGAAACUGUGGAUCUUGUUAAACACUUGCAAGUUCUAUGCUGCCCAUCUGGACUUAUUAUGGUCACGCCAUAUGGACAUGAAUUGAUAAUUUGUGGACAAGUUCUUGGUCUUGUUUCAUCAA